AUGAACCACCGUGCCUCUGUUUCUCGUCCACAGGUCCGACUUCCGCGCUACCCAAGCAAAGACAUCGACCACAAACGGGAGCUGAAGGAAACCAACGAACGAGACUUUUUCCUGGAAAUCGUCAAAGACAUCUCCAACGAACUCGAUCUGAAAAACCUCAGCUCCAAGAUGGCCGCCAAUGUCGGCUGCAUGCUGGACGCCGACAAAGUGUCGCUCUUCUUGAUCGAGGGUAAAACCACGGGGAAACCUAUGCUGGUCUCCAAAAUCUUUGAUCUUCACGCCGGCACUAGCAUCUACCCGUCAUGCACCGGUGACAUCCGGGUUCCGUGGGGUCAAGGGAUUAUAGGUCAUGUGGCGGAGACGGGAGAGACGGUCAACAGGAAGAACGCCAUGAAGG